UUCAGCCUUGAUAAUAUCUUAAAAUUCUCAAAUUGCACGAUUUCAAAUAGUAUAACCGCCAAAAAGAAGAGAAAGUUGAUUGAAAACUUGAAGAUUGAUGAUUUAAGUUAUUUAGCUAAUGGUAAAGCAGAAGCUACUCCUAAAAAUGUCGAAACCCAAACCGGUACCUAUACCACUCUACUAAAUAGAAGUAUGAAGUUUGAAUUUGAUCUACCGUUGCAAGUUAAAGAAGAUGACCUUAUCAACUCAAUAGGUUUUGUUAAACAUGAUGAUGCCACUUAUAAGUUUUUAACCAAGAAUUUUCACUUAAAGUUGAAGAAGGCAGAACCCUUGGUAUUUGUAAAUAAUAAAACUAAUGGCCAGUUUGGUGAACAUAACUUAUUUAGUUUAUUCUUGGGUAAUAACGAAAAUUUCACUAAAAUAAUCAAACUAGAAAUUGAAUUAUUAAAUUCAAUGAUGAAAAAAAUCGAUUCAGCUUUAAAUUUUUCAAAUUUACUUUUGAAAAUUGAUUUGAAAUCAAAUAAAAUCGCUAUUUCUAUUGAUUAUAAAAUUCAAAUCUUAAAUAACAUUGAAUUCAUUUAUCCAACUGACAUUACCGGCAAAUUGUCGUUCUUAUUUGAUCAAUACUACGCGAUCUAUCCAACUACUUUUGACAUGGAAAGCAAUAUUGAAAUUAAUAAAUUUGCAAAUGAAGAAAUCGGACCAGCUACUUUUUAUCAAUCGAUAUCGGAGAACACUUCAAGAUUACCUAAUUUGCAAUUUGAUUUUGAUUUACCAGAGUUACAAGUGGAAUUACUUAAUUUUCAGAAAAAAACUGUUAUUUGGUUACUAGAUAAAGAAAAUGUCAAAUAUAAUACUGAAAACGGUAGGGUUGAACCAUUGAACUUGAUUGAUGAGACUUUAAUCACCAAUUUGAAUAAAUAUUUCAACAAUGAAUCAGUCGAUCUUGAAAAGGUUGAUUCAAAAGUUGAAAUAAUCCUAAAUAAAUUAUGUUUUGGAUGGAAACGUUACAUUAAUUAUUUGAAUGAAAUCUUAUGGAUAAAUAAAAUCACUGGUAAUUUCACUUCGCAAGAUAAUCUUUAUAACUAUAUUUUAUACUAUUACAAUAAGCAAAAAGAAAAUCCACAAGCUUAUCCUAAAAGUUUACCAGCUCAAGGUUUAUUGGCAGAAGAAAUGGGAUUGGGGAAAACUGUGGAAAUUACCUCCCUUAUUCUAUUGAAUCAAAGACCCUUGAACGAAGUUAAUGAAGAAAUCCAAAUGCGUCUUACUAGUGACGGUGACUUAAAUCAUUUAAUUCAAGCUAAAACUACUCUAAUCGUUGCCCCAGAAUCUAUUUUGAAACAGUGGUUUGAUGAAUUACAAAGAUUAGCUCCAAGUUUACGAAUUACAAUUUAUAAAGGUAUGAACGACUAUGUUUCAAUGAAUAAAAAUCCGAGAUUAAUUGCCUUAUACUUGAGUAAAUUUGAUAUUGUGUUUACAACUUAUGCAACAAUUUCAAAAGAAUUGGAUUAUGCUUUAUACACUUCAAGACAUAAAUCAACAAGACUCGGUAAAAAAAGAUCAGCUUCGAGUGCUUUCAAUAAAAAAAAUGAUCAAAACCCGCCUUCUUCAUCUGGGUCAAUUGAUUCAGAUAUUUUAGAUGAACAAUCAAGAUUAGAAGAUUAUAAAUCUAAAUUUCAAUUAUCUUUACCGAAAGGAUUUCAAGAUCGUGAUCAUGUAUCCCAUGAAGUUUUCGAAAAAAUAGCUGAACAAGAAGUUCUUUUAGCUUUGCAACACAUCAAGACUCAAGACUUACAUCAUCAUAUAAGUUAUGAGUCUCCAUUUCUGCUUUUACAAUUUUGGAGGGUUGUAUUGGAUGAAAUACAAAUGAUAUCUUCUAGUGUUUCUCGCGCUUUUCAAAGUGCUGAGUUAAUCCCAAGAUUUCAUGCUUGGGGAGUUUCAGGUACUCCAAUCAAGAAAGAUUUUAAUGACUUACAUUCAGUUUUAAAGUUUUUGAGAGUCGCUCCUUUC